AUGGCGCCUCAAGAUCGCAAUGGAUCUCACACUUCGUGUCCCUUCUGUCGAAACGCUUCGGUCAAUUCCACCAACUCGCUCGCUGCGCUCUUUCCCGACAUCGCAGCGCAGUGGAACUACGCGCGCAACGGUCUCCUCACCCCCAGCGACGUUCUGUCGAAUUACCGCGGGAAAGUGUGGUGGAAAUGCGCGAAAAACCCGGCGCAUGAGUGGAAAAGCAGCGUUUUUUACCGAACCAAACGGCACGGCGAGUGUCCGUUCUGCAAGGAAUUGCUGCACGAUGAGAAAAGCCUGUCGGAGCUGUGUCCCGCGGUGGCGAAGGAAUGGAAUUCGGCGAAGAAUGGCGCGCUUUCGCCGGAUGAAGUGAGCGGGACGAGCGACAAAAUUGUGUGGUGGCGAUGUGAGCACGGAGUGGAGUGGAAGCAGACCGUGGUGCAUCGAUUGCAGGCGUUUAAGGCGGGGAGACAUCGAUGCGAGUUGUGUCGAGAGAAGAUGGGCGGGAAGGAGGAAUAAUGGCGUGUUUUUGUUGGACUGUGAAUUGUGAAUUGUGAAUUAUGUUGU